AUGCAACCGGCGGAAUCUGAUGUCGAUAACGGCACGAAUGCCAGUUUUUGGGAACCUCAUCAAUAUUCCCGAACGGUUAAGCGGGCAGAAAAUGCCAAUAAACUCUGUUCUGAGUUCGCUUUAAUGAUUCAGGAGCGAGCAGACAUUGAAAAAGCUUACGCUGCAAAUCUCCGCAAAUUUGCCGCACGGCUCGAUAUGUUUGUGCGAACUGGGUUGGAGUAUGGAACCGGGAAUAAUAUUCUUUCUGGUCUAGCAAAGGAAGCGGAAGAUAAUGCAGAACUUCAUUCUAAUAUUGCUUCUGGGCUUAUUAGCCCUGUUCAGUUGGGAAUCAAAAAUUGGCAGAAGGAGAAUUUUCAUAAAAGUUCCAUCUCCACAACAAUAAAGGAAGUUAAGAACUUUGAUUCGGAAUUCGAAAAUGCCCAGAAGAAUUGGUAUAAGCACUAUAAGCAUGUGAAUCGAUGCAAAAAGGAAUAUUUUCAUGCCUGCAAAGUUGUUAGAUCGCUACAAGUUCAGGUGCAAAAUGCGAAGAACGAGCCCUUUGGUACGCCGGAACAGUUGCGGAAAUUGGAGGAUAAGUUGCGAAAAGCGACCUCGGAGGAACAGAAGACACGAAAAGCCUAUGAGGAGUCUCUUUCCAGCCUCUCUGAUGUUACGCCUCGCUAUAUAGAAGAGAUGACACAGGUGAGUAGUGACGCAUUGGGGCUUCUGCGCUGUUUAACUUAA